UUAGGAACUUUUAAUUUUGAUGGUAUAAAGAAAAAGUUGGCAUUUUUCUGUAUUCUGCUGUCAUCAACAAUUCUCAUGAAAACACCAAAACCAGCAAUGUGAUUGUUUUAUGACGAGUUCAGGGUUGACAGUGUGGUGGUCUGGGCUCCCCUGAGCCCAUUGGGCCCUGUAGCCCUUUUCCCCAGGAAUUUCUUUUACCAGGAAUUAUGUGGAGUUAUUUUGGAGAGCACAGUGUUUGACUAUACUUGAAAAUGAGAUCACGUGUUAUGAGCAAAUCAUGUAGAAUACCUGGUAAUUCUAAAUGGUUAAUUUAGGGAUACGUCACUUGUGACCAAUGGGGGCAGAAUAAGUGGGACACAUAUCAAAAGGGAGACACUAUUAAAUACAGAAAUAUGUUAAGUUUUCAAAUUAUGUGUAGAAGAGCAGAAGUGUUUUUCCCCAAGAUUACGACUUGGACAUACUGGACUAAAAUCAACCUUUUAUUUAAUGUCAAAGUGUGUAUCUGAGUAUUUAUGAGUUAGGACUAGGAUGGAAUCUGCAAGGGAUUUUGGGGAUGGGUGAGAAGAUGUGGGAAUCCUGUAUGGCUCUAUUUAAUUUUCUCAAAAAUGCGGGAUUAGAAAGUAAGAUACAGUAUAUAGAAAUAUAGUACAUUAAACCCUGUGACACCCCAGUGCAGUAGGUGGCGCUAUACAUAUAACUGCGCUGGUUUGAUAACCGCCAUUAAGAGAAGAAGAAAGACCAGUAGCAAUAAUAUUAGGAAGGCGGCGCUAUUCAGCUUUCGAGCUUCGUUAUCAUAUAUGUUUCCAACGAAGUGUCGUGCAUAAGUUCGACAGGACAUGUCAGAUAAAGAUGCCGGUAAAGGGCAGAAGAAUCCCGGCGAAAAGGGUUACAGGGUCCCCGGGCUGAGGGGAGCCAAGACCACCACGCUGUUCCGAGCCGUCAACCCCGAACUCUUCAUAAAACCUAAUAAACCGGUGAUGGUGUUCGGACUGGUGACCAUCACUUUGUGUGUAGGCUACCUGGGCUACCUGCACGCCACGAAAGAAAACGAUCAGCAACUAUACGAGGCCAUCGACAGUGAAGGAGAGCGAUACAUGAGGAGGAAGACUUCCAAAUGGGACUGAUAGCACAACGGUUGUAUAACACCGACCGUGUUUAUGUACUGCAAGGACUAAACCUGGAAUAAACCUGACUGGACUGAGACAAAGUCACCUGA